CCCGACUGAGUUUUCUGGGUUGGGUCCGCCUUUGGAACAGGUCAGAAUGCCAGAUCCAUCUCAAUCACAUGGUCUGAUAGUCACUACUCCGGAACAGAAGCAGGAACAGGUAGAGAGUGUCCCACUUGGUGUCAUAGUCGACAGCUAAGCCUUGGGAGUGUCGGAGGUGCAUUCGACGGUUGGACCACACUGCAGCCUGUCUUGAGCAUACUAUAAAUUGGUCUGUAUAACCCCCCUGUCGUUUGCUUGAAGAAGAUUGUCUCCAAGCAGAAAAAGACAACCAUCCAGCGGUCGUCAUGCCAUCAGCCCCCUUCUGGACCAGUCUGUUGGCCCUCACGGCCGCUGCCACGGCGAGCCCGAACAGCCUUAACUCCAGCAACUCCACCAGCUGCCGCUGUUUCCCUGGAGAUACUUGCUGGCCCUCCGCCAGUGAAUGGGCCAAGUUGAACCAGACGGUGGACGGCCGUCUUAUCAAGACAAUCCCCCUCGGCAAGCCCUGCCAUGCGCCAUAUUAUGAUGCCGCAGUCUGUGACGUCCUCAAGGAGGGAUGGACAGAGCCGGAGCUUCAUUACAAAUCCAGCAGCUCUAUCAUGGCCCCAUGGUACACCAACGGCACCUGCGACCCCUUCCAUCCGGUCGCCAAGCCCUGCACAAUGGGUAACUACAUCAAUUACGCCGUGAACGUUUCCACCCCGGCCCAUAUCUCGGCCACGUUGAAGUUCGCCCACGAGCACAGCAUCCGUCUGGUGAUCCGCAACACCGGCCACGACUACAAUGGCAAGUCCACGGGUGCCGGUGGUCUGGGGGUGUGGAUGCACAACCUUAAGUCGCGGACGCUGGUGGACAACUACACUUCAACUCACUACACCGGACCAGCGGUGCGGCUGGCCGCUGGUGUCCAGGGCUUCGAGGCCUACGAAUUCGCGGAUAAUAACGGUUACCGGGUAGUGGGUGGCGAGUGUUCGUCUGUAGGCAUCACGGGCGGCUAUUCGCAGGGUGGCGGCCACUCCGCGCUGUCAUCGAAGUAUGGCAUGGCGGCUGACCAGGUGCUGGCCUGGGAGGUUGUCACGGGCGCCGGCGAGCUGGUGACUGCCACUCGCGACAACGAGUACAAGGACCUGUACUGGGCCCUGAGCGGCGGCGGUGGUGGCACGUACGGCGUUGUAGUGGCCAUGACUUCCAAGCUGCACGCCGACACCCCGACCUCGGGCCUCAACCUGACCUUUACCAACAACGGAAUCUCCCAGGACACUUUCUUCGAGGCUGUGACCCUCUACCACACCCUCCUGCCCAGCAUCGUCGACGCCGGCGUGAUGAGCAUCUGGUACUUCACCAACACAACCUUCUACAUCUCCCCCCUGACCGGGCCAGGUGUCCCUGUUGAUACCCUGCGCUCCCUGGUCCAGCCCUUCGAGGCCGGUCUGACCAAGCUGGGCAUUCAGUACACUCUCACUGCUAAGGAGUUCGACACCUACAUGGAACAAUUCAACACGAUGGAGGCCGAGAUCGCCGUGGGCAAGGCCCAGUACGGCGGAUGGCUGAUCCCGCGCGACGUCGUCGUCCAGAACACGACCGCACUGACGGCGGCCUACCGCGCCAUCGUCGAGGACGGCGCGACCUUCAUCGGUGUUGGAUUAAACGUCAACCGCUCCGUUGCCGGCGACGUCGACAACGCCGUUCUCCCUGCCUGGCGCGAGGCCCUGAUCGACACCACCCUGACCACCCCCUGGGAGUGGGACGCCCGCGCCGCCAUGAUGGAGGAGCAGGACAAGAUGACCAAGGACUACAUCCCCCGGCUGCAAGCCCUGGCGCCUAACUCUGGCGCCUACAUGAACGAGGGCAACUUCCAACAGCCUGACUGGCAGAAGGCCUUCUACGGCGUCAACUACGACCGUCUGCUGCAGAUCAAGAACAAGUACGAUCCCUAUGGAUUGUUCUAUGCGCGCACCGCCGUUGGCGCCGAUGCGUGGACCGAGUUGGCCGAUGGUCGCUUGUGCCGUGCUUAGUGGGUUGUAGACAGAGAUUGAUAUAUAUAAUCCUAGAG